AUGCCUAGCCAUUGGACCGCAAUAAGGAGAUUAGCCUACGCCGACGAUGCAGCUACCGUAAGGUUGAGCGACACGGGAGCCUCAAGACUUCUGGAUCAUCUCCUCUGCAGCAUGGUGCAGAAUGCUGAGGUGUACUUUCAUCUCUGCAAUACGCCUGCCUGGAUCAGAGCCCGCCUCCAUGCUUGGGUGCGUCCGUUCGAGCGGCUGCGGUUCGUCAAGUCGAAAAUUAUUUCAAGAAUCAAUUACUGGCUGGCUGGGACCUUGUUGGGCAUAAGCAUUCGCUACGGGGAAUACGAGCCAAUUUGGGCGAGGAAUGUUGACAUGGAAGAACGACUGCCAAGGAUUAGUGUUGCUUGCGCUAAAUCUGCACCUCCUAGAAGUUUUCGGGACGAGCAUCACACCACCUAG